AUGCCAAUUCAGGCGCCACAAUGGGCGGACUACCUCAAUUGUCCAGUGUGCUGCCGAGACUUUGGCCCCGCGCCAAGGAGCCCCAUCAGCCUUGGAUGUGGUCACACACUGUGUGGGCAUUGCAUUAAACACCUUCAUCGUAAACAUUGCCCAUUCGAUCAGAGGCGAAGGAAGUUUGGAUAUUUUAGAAGAAAGUGCAAUUAUGCGAAGACAAUCAUCCAUCCAGACCCUGAGGAAUUAGUAGUAAACACGGCACUACUACAGAUAGCGGGUUACACUCCGCCAGCGCAGCCCUACCACCCCCCAAGUAUCCAGGCUCUGCCUGAGCGUGACAGGCAUGCAUAUGAUGUUAUAGUCCGCAGUCUUGAACAUCUCGCCAUUUAUCUAAAACUAUGUGCGACUAGUAACACGGGUAAUCGUCUGUCCCGGCCCAUGCAGCGUAAGUUGGUGACCUUACUACAGUGCGCUAUAACUGAUGAAGAAGGCCGUGGCAGGGCGGCGCGGGCUGUUCGCUCACUCGGUGAGAGGACAGUCACGGAGCUCAUACUACAGCAUCAGAAUCCCCAGCAGCUCAGUGCUAACUUGUGGGCGGCGGUCCGUGCUCGCGGCUGUCAGUUCCUUGGACCAGCGAUGCAAGAAGAAGUUUUAAAGUUAGUUCUUCUAGCCCUUGAAGAUGGUUGUGCACUUUCUAGAAAGGUACUAGUGAUGUUUGUUGUCCAAAGAUUGGAGCCCCACUUUCCUCAGGCUUCAAAGACGAGUAUCGGUCAUGUAGUUCAGCUUCUAUACAGAGCCUCUUGUUUCAAGGUAUCAAAGCGAGAAAGUGAUUCAUCACUUAUGCAACUGAAGGAAGAGUUCAGAACGUAUGAGUCGCUACGUCGUGAACACGAUGCUCAGAUAGUACAAAUAGCGACCGAAGCCGGUUUGAGGAUAGCACCGGAUCAGUGGAGCGCUUUGCUGUUUGGAGACACAGCUCAUAAGAGUCAUAUGCAGAGCAUCAUAGAUAAACUUCAAACGCCACAGUCUUUUGCGCAGUCUGUACAAGAGUUGUUUAUAGCUCUUCAAAGGACCGGUGACCCAGCUCAAUUGGUCGUUAUGAGCAUGCAUUUAGAUAGACUCGCUAACAUCGAUGCCAGCCCCGAUGCGAAGUAUCCCAGCUGGCAGUCCCUGGCUGAGAUGAUAACUUCUAUAAAGGAGGUUGUCGCUGGUCUGGUCCACUACUUACAACAUCAAACCGGUGGUCGAGACGCUAACCACAACCAGAAACAUUUGCAGGUCCCAAUAGAACCUUCGACAAGUCAGCCAUCCACGCAAAUAGUGACAACCCCGACCCACAAAUACAAGACCUCUAUGUGUCGUGAUGCCGUCACACGCUCGUACUGCCCGAGAGGCAACGCUUGCCCUUACGCACAUUAUGAAGAGGAACGUGAGAGAUACAGGUGCCUGCCAAACAGUUCGGCUGUGAACAAUGGCAACUACUACAUACAGAACGUACCAAACAUACAGAACGUACAAAACAUGCCAAACAUACCAAAUAUACCGGUGCCGUCGAUGAUGCCGCCGAUGCAGCCGAUACUGCCGCAGAUAUACCCACGAUAUCCUCUACAACACCACGUCGAAAACUAUGUACCACCAGUGCAACCCAUACCAGCACAACCGCUGCCACAGGAAAUGAUCCCAAACCCAGAGUAUGCUCCGGACAACCCGCGUCCUGAAUGCAUUCAACAAACGAAUUAUGCAUCCGCCCUAGUGCCAAACCAGGCUCCCGUGCCUAUAAAUCAAAAAGGGCUGAUGAUACCACUAACAGAGCGGCCAUACUACCCUCGCUACGUGACGAUUCACGAAGAGCCGUCAAACAAUCUACAGUACGUUAGGACGGAGUACGUCAGUCCUGUAUAUCAAGGACCCAACAACGCCGGCCCUGUAGCUAGCUAUCAGGAACAGAGUUUACCCAUGCCAAAUAUGUUCGUGCCGGUGCAACGCGAACCUCAAAGAAAUAUCAGCCCGUACGCCUUUGAUGAUCCCAUAUCAUCAGAGUUACUGCCGGAGUAUCGUGUGAAGACGGGUUAUACGCCAAGAGAACUUAACAUCGAGCCCACCUGGCCGCCUGCAAACAACGUAUUUAAUUUUGAUCCAAUGAGGAAUGCAUUACCACACUGUCCAACUACUGCAGAAGAUAUGUUCGCUGUACAGAGCGAUCGUAGAGUUGUUGGUGCGGACAGACUCACCUCAGUGGCUGAUAGACUGACCAACAGAGCGGAUGACCAGGAACUUGAAGAGGAAUUGCAAGCGUUAGAGCGUCGCAUCGACACCGAGUUUAAGAGCACCGACUGA